AUGGCUAUCCUUGGCCUUCUUUCGAACCCAAACGGGCCGCAGCACGCUCUUCCUCCUCGCCUGGACAGGCAGUACACAGCAAUCACGGCCGAGAACGCUCAGGGGCUGUUUCCCCCGGACGCCUGUAUUUUCGUCGGAAAUUUGAAAAUUACCCUCGAGGACAAAGACCUGGUACGGGAUGUCCAGCAAAAGUUCUCUCGGUUCGGUCCAUGCCAUGUCAAGGUCAAGCGCGACAAACGGAAAAUCCCAACGGCCUUUGUGCAGUUCGAGAAAGUCGAACAUGCCGUAGCUGCACUGGCAGAGAACGGACUCAUCAAGCUUCACGACCGCUGGCUGAGAGUCGAAAAGAUCAAGGGAAAGAGAACCGCGCGCCUUGGACACCGGUCUGGCUUCCCAGUGUCUCCGCAUGACUUUAACAUGGCACUCACUGGCCGAGGUCAUUUUGAAUCAUGCGCUCUUGAGGAAGUCAUAUUCCUUAAUCUGGGAUAUCUCACGACCGUCUUCACAGUGACAUUCGCCUACAUCGACGACUUCAAAGACGCCAUCAAGGCCUUUGAGAGGCAUCCGGUCUACUACCUCCAGCCGUUAGACAUUGAAGGUAGUCCCGCGCUUUCCUGGGUACUGCCGCAAUCCUCCGGCCACAGCCCUUCCUCCGGACGCUCGCGCAGCAAAGAAGUUCGCAAUGCCAUGCGGGACCAGGGUCCUUCGCGGGUGCCUCUCCCCGCCGAAUUUCAGCCAAAGACUGGCAACGGCAAGACAGUCGAAGAUUACGCCCGAGAAAUCAACAAGCUCCCACGCUUCGGCUUGAGCGAGGACUUGGUUCUCGACGUGGUCACAGAAUUGGAGGCAGAACGACGAGAUAAGUGCCACAGGGAAGACUGGACCGGGUCUUCAUCCAACGACACCGAAUUCACACCUGCUCCGACUACCGAUGACGACUCGACAACACACAACGACUCCUUCGCCGUUUGCGCGGACGAAGACGAAGACGAAUCGACCUCGAACUCCCGCUCGCACUCCAAAGACUCGUCCAACACGGUGUCCGCCUCCAGCACCGCCGACUUCGAUUCUCUCAUAGAGUCGACAUCCACCUCCACCACGACUUUUACGUCCUACCUGGAAGUCGUCCCAGAGUGCGUAGGAGAGUCCGGACGAGGGCGAAGAUCUGGAAGCCGCAGUGUUUCAGUGAGCACCGGCUCACCCGCACGCCUACGGUUGCGCUCUUGCAGUUCGAGCGCCGAUUUGCCGCCUCGGAAAACCGAGGUCGAACUGUUCUUCGGCAACGGAGACAACGACAACGACAACGACAAGACGGAGGAGCCGUCACACUCGCACUUGGAUUCAAACACCGUCGAGUCCACGUCCCCCUCCGACUCCAACUAA